CGCUCAUAAGCCAAACUCGCCCGAAGAAGCCACCACUAAGUAUGGAGGACACCACAAGCAGCAACGUCGACACCAAGUUGGUCUUCAGCGACUCGGAAGCCAACACGACGCCCAGCGCUACCCCCAGCGCCAGCACCGACGCCUCGCAGGCAGACCUACAGGCGCAGCUUGCGCUCUUCCAACAGCAACAGCAGCAGUACAUCCAGCAGCUCAUGCAACAAACCAACAGCGAGCAGCUUCGUGCCAUGUACAAUUCGAACGCCAUGAUGCAGCCCUAUAUGCUGUCGCAGUCGAUGUUCCCGCGUCCUACGACUCCCAACUCGGCCGAGACUACGGAGGAGGAGCCAGUCUACGUCAACGCCAAGCAAUACCACCGCAUUAUGAUCCGUCGACAGCAGCGAGCAAAGCUGGAGGCCAAGCUAGGAAGUAACCGCCAGCGUAAGGCAUAUCUGCACGAUUCGCGGCACAAGCACGCCAUGCGGCGGCCGCGUGGUCCCGGAGGCCGAUUCCUCACCAAGGACGAGAUUCAGGGACUGAAGGACGGCACAAUGGUAUUUGAAGACCUGCCCAGGAAGGCUGCCCCCAAGCAACAGUAGCUCUGUUCUUCCUGAGGUAUCACACCACUGGUCAGAUAGCAGCACACUCAUUUUAUUUGUUAUUCCGUGACGUAAGCAAUGAAAGCGGAAACUGCAUGUUGUUCUCUUAUUUCUCCAAUGGACGGACAUACGCCACUUCACCAGAUUUCGACACGAUGAGUCCGCAGGGACGUGUUCGCUGCGGUUUAUCUUCAAGUCCGAGACUUGCCCAGAUGCGACGGUUUCCGAGUGCUGUUAGCUGCGCACGCUUAGCUGCAAUUGUUUCCUUGUCAAAGUUCUCGAGAGGUGCGUAGAUGCUGUUGAUGUGCAAGUUGUCUGACAAACAUAGCGUUAGUGACACAGAAUAAGCCCCCUCUUGCCAUAAUCAACGUACUGUUGUCGGUGAGUUCUCCAGCUUCUUCCUCCUCUCCUGUGUUCCCGUCAGUCUUGAGACUCGAAUCACGUUCGAACGAGUUGGUGUGACGCAACGAAGGAGGCUUGUCCGGUAUCGAAGAUGCAUCAGCGAUCGAUGAAGGCGUGACUUCAGGAGAUGGUGGGGCGUCGUAGUCGGUUCUCCUGUACGAAGGUCGUUGGCCUGCAUACAAGCAAGAAACAAUUAGCCCCAGAACUCCAGACCCUGUUCACAUAUCAGUACUCCACUACCAUAAGUAUUCUUGGUCGGUGUACAUGAACACGUAGAAUUACAUGCACAAUGCGAGAAGUGGCAGAACCGACCGCGCUGACAUACGCCCUUGUUUUGGAAGUCGUAGCAUACACCUGUCCCAGGCCCUUGGCCACCACCUGCUCCACUACCACGUUUCUUCUUACUUGGUGGAGCAAAAUCCUAUUACACAAGGGUAACAUUGAUAGAUUGCAGAAGCAACAACUGAAGAAGAUGAAACACUUACGUCUGCC